CUUGCUUUUGCUUGCUUGCAGUUCUAGUUAUAAGAUUACUCUUUGGUUACAGGGCACGUAUUGUCUGAUUUUGAAGUUUCUGUUAUUUAUUUCGGAUGUAAAUAUAUUAAGAUCAAUGCUAUAUACUGAUAAUUUUUGAAAAUACUUUUCUAAUUUAUUUUUGUAACAAUAUAAAAACAGCAAAAUGCUGGAAGGUGGUGUGUAAAUAAAGUAACUAGCAAGGUACGGUUAUUUUACUGUACCAGCAGUACCUGUCUGCGUUCUACAUAUUGGUGCUCGUAAAUAAAUUGUUCUUAGCUACAAGACCACUAAAACAAGAUGGCUGAAGCGCACUCAGCCGUUGCGUUUUCAUUCGCGAUCACUCAUGACGGAUGGGAUGUAAAUUUUGAUCGCGAAGUACUUUAUCUGGUCUGGGAAUCAGGUAUACGGUCUUGGAAGAAACGUCUAGCUCGCUUCAGAAAUAGUGUACACAAUGGCGUUUAUCCGGGACAUCUACAGUCCCUCUACGUGCUGUGGACACUACUUGCGGCUGCGCAUUUCGCGGGAUUUAGUGUACCAUUUGGAUUAGUACAAAAAGCGUUAUCUGUUUUACCUGGCAACUCCACGAUGUGGCAGGUCAUCGCUUGUUUACUGGCAGCUCUUACCAUGUGGCUUAGUGUGAUAUUUCUCAUGAGAUACCUUCUCAAACUGCUAUUAAUGUACAAGGGUUGGAUGUAUGAAUCUCGCGCCCCAGGAUCGAAGAUUUCAUUGAAGACGAUGCUGUGGAUAAGUGUGGUUAAAGUAUUAUCCGGGUGGAACAAACCCAAAUUGUAUAGCUUUCAAGGAUCGUUACCAAGACUACCGCUACCUGCUGUUAAGGAUACUAUGAAACGGUACCUGAUUAGUGUUCGUCCCCUAUUGGACGAUGAGAACUAUAAGAGAGUAGAAAGAUUAGCUAAGGAAUUUGAAGAAACUAUUGCUGUAAAACUACAAAGAUAUUUGGUGCUAAAGUCAUGGUGGUCCAGCAACUACGUCUCCGAUUGGUGGGAGGAGUACGUGUACCUGCGCGGUCGCUCACCUCUGAUGGUCAACUCAAACUUCUACGGAACUGACGCCAUUUUAUUGAGACCGACUAACAUUCAGGCCGCAAGGGCUGGUGUUAUCAUCCAUUUGUGCCUCAAGUUCAGGAGACUUAUCGAUAGACAGGAGCUUGAACCGAUUAUGCUACAGAAUAUGGUGCCUCUAUGCUCGUGGCAAUAUGAACGCUUAUUCAACACGGUCCGUGUCCCUGGCAUUGAACGGGACAAGAUCGUGCAUUAUCAGGACUCGACCCACAUCACUGUCUACCACAAAGGUAGAUACUAUAAAGUGCUCGUGUAUUCAAGAGGACGCCUGCUGAAACCAGCUGAAAUUCAAAUACAAAUCCAACAAAUUCUGGAUGAUAAAUCGGAACCUGUCGUGGGAGAGGAACGCGUGGCGGCGCUGACAGCGGGUGAGCGCUCACACUGGGCACAUAUCAGGCAGACCAUGUUCAACAGAGGACAUAACCGCACCUCCUUGCACUGCAUCGAACGAGCCGCCUUCAACGUAUGCUUAGAUGACAUUGAGUACGGCUAUGACGAAAAAGAUCCCUCGAAACUGGACGAGUUCGGUCGAGUUCUGUUGCACGGAAAGGGCCACGACCGAUGGUUCGACAAGUCGUUCAACUUAUGCUUCAGCAAAAACGGUUUCGUUGGAUUUAACUCUGAACACACAUGGGCAGACGCACCUGUUAUGGGCCACUUAUGGGAAUACGUCAUUUGGUGCGAAUUGGAAGUCGGGUACGGACCUGACGGCAACACGCUGGGCACGGUCGACUCUCCUCCACCGGCUCCAAUCCGUUUACAAUGGGACCUUGGCAAUGAGGACCUUCUCAAGAGCGUUGACGUUUCCUACAACGUGGCUCAGAAACUAUUGAAUGAUGUUGACUUGAGAAUAUUAAUGUACACCAAAUACGGAAAAGGUUUCAUGAAGAGCUGCCGUGUGUCUCCGGACGCUUUCAUCCAGUUAAUCCUUCAGUUGUCGUACUACCGUGACGCUGGCCGGUUCUGCUUGACGUACGAGGCGUCAAUGACUCGCUUGUUCCGUGAGGGUCGCACAGAAACCGUCCGGUCCUGUACCAUCGAAAGCUCUGAAUGGGUCAAGUCUAUGGAGAACCCAAAUGCCACGAUUCAAGAGCGAAUGGAUCUGUUCGUUAAAGCUAGCCACCGCCAUCAGUUAGGCUACCAAGACGCCAUGGCAGGCAGAGGCAUCGACCGUCAUCUCUUCUGUCUUUAUGUCGUCUCGAAAUAUCUCGAACUUGAAUCACCCUUCCUGCAGGAGGUCUUCAAUGAACCGUGGCGACUAUCGACAAGUCAAACACCACACGGUCAAACAUCAAUGUUGGACUUAAAGAAGCACCCGAAGUGUGUGAGCGCUGGCGGUGGUUUUGGUCCUGUAGCAGAUGAUGGCUAUGGAGUCUCCUACAUCAUCGUCGGAGAAGACUUGCUCUUCUUCCACGUUUCCAGCAAGAAGAGCUGCCCAAUCACGAGCUCAUCGAAUUUCGUGAAGCAAAUCGAGCGAUCUUUGAAAGAUGUUCAAGACUUGUUUAAUGAAUAUAAAAAACUCAAAAACGGAAUCAAGAAUAACAAGUAGAUAUAUAUUUGGAUAAGCUAUUGUAUUGUUUCAAUUUGUUGUUGUUGUAAUGUGUAGUUUAUAUUUAGAGUAUAAGUGACACUCAUAUCAAACUGAAGUAUUCUUCAUAAUAAUUAAUAAUUCAUUUUGUACAAUAUUUUUGUAAUAUCCUUUAUUUCUUUUGCUAAAGGAUUUACAGUCUUUGAUAUUAUUUAAAAUAAAAUGAAGUUAUAUCCGAUUAAUUUAUUGCAUACACCAUUAAUGUAAAGUUAAUAUUUUUGUCAAUUGUACACUUAAGAGUCGCUACGCUACUUACUGGUAAUUCAAUAAUGAUGUAUAAUUACAGACAGUUGAUAAUUGUAUAACCUAUUUUUAAUUAAUAUUUUAUAAUAAGCUUAAAGUUGUGUUUUAUUCGAAUAUGAUACAAUAAUAAAUCGGGAAAUGUAUAAUAUUAUUAUGAACUGGAUUCUAUGAAUAUUCUAAAAUAGUUACGAUAAGAGGUAAAUGUUUGUGGCACUAUUGUCGAUCCACUUUACAAUUACUAGUUUUAAUGAGAUGUGUUUAUUAGUUUAGUUAAUUAUGCGAAUAGUGAUGACUUCUUGUUAUAAUGUGUCAGGUCACUCGUCCAGUCCUUGUACUACCGCAUCUCUUCUUUGCUCUUAAAAAAAUAUUCGUUAAUCAUGCUCAAUAUAGGAUGUUAUUUGAUUUCAUUCUGUCUUUAUUUAUUUCCUUUGUUUUCUUCUAGUGAGUUGAGGUCAGCAACGCAUAAUUUUUGGAUGGAGAAAAGUCUUUUAGGUUUCUGACUGCUCAUAAUAAAGUUAAAAAAACGACUCCGCCUCAACAGUAAUGUUUCGAAACACUGGUGCUAACUUUUUCUAAUACUCUUCUCGACAAAAACCUUUACAAAAUAAUUAUGAGAACGAAUUACAAGCAAUCAACUAUAUAUAUGUGUACCCAAGUAUUUCUUUAGUGGUUAAGUCAUGUUAUAAAGAAUAUGUGUAUAUUAGAUGACAUGUUUCUAUGAGCAAAGGAAUAUUAUUAGAUAAGCGGUACAUCAACAGAUCAUAUAUUUACAAUGUUUUAGAUUCAAGAUUUGUGUGUAAAUUAGGUUUAUAUAAUAAUAACAAUGUGAAUUAUUUAUUGUGUACCUACAUCACGAUUGCUUUUAAAUGCAUUUUAUUGUAAAUCUAGUUAUACGAGGAUUUUGACGACGAUUGAUGUAUUUAUUCAAGUAUAGCCAGUCACUCACAUUUGUCUUACAUAUUUGGAAAAUAGACACAAUGCCCAUAAUUGUUAAGCAAACGCUAUUUUCAAAUAAUUCGUAAUUCUUUGACAUUUUUAAUAUUAAUUAAUAUGUACAAUUAAAUGAUUUUUUACUGUUGGGUGUGUCUUUUGCGUGCCUUUGAUAUACGUUAUAAAUUAUGAAUAUUUUAUAUAAAUACAUCUACAAUGCAAGUUCGUCCUCCUUAGUUUACAAUAUUCUAACAACUAACCAAGAUUUAAAUAACUUAAUUACUAAAUCCUUAUCUUUAAUGUAAAUAAAAAUAUUUAAUAUUGA